AUGGCGCGUAUUGAAACUAUUCACGAACUUUAUAACGCGACUUUAUGGGAUUUCAAAGCGGAAGGCAAUGCUAAUAUAAUAUUAUCUUAUAAUGGCGAAAAUGAUAUUUUCUCAGCUGUAGUACUUCGUUUGCGAAAAGAUAACGAAAUUAAAUUUGACACAUCUGUUGAUCCCCAAUUCUUUACGACUUCUUACGUAAAUUUCGUUAUGAUGCCUUUACUUGGUAGUAAAUACGUUGGUGAAUCGAUUUUGUUGGAAGUAAGACCUGAAUUUCUUAAGGCUUUAUCUAGAGCAAUCCUUCCCUUGCGAUCCAAAAAACGAAUUCAAAAUGACAUCGAUUUCAAGCAGCGAUAUGGUAUGUUAACACCUAAUCAUACGAGGUUUUCAGUGAAUAUUAAUCCCACAAUUUCCGUAGAAUUGAAGCCCAAAUGGGCUUUUUUGCCAUCUUCUUCUUUCAUAAACUGUGAUAAUUCUGUAAAGCUCCAAUCAUGUCGUUUUUGCAUGCACAAAUAUCUUAAUAAAGAUAAAAGGAAUCCAACCAGAUAUUGUCCGUUGGAUUUAUUUUCUUUAGAAGAUAAAAGAGUAAGAAAGGCAAUAGAAUCGCUAAUAAAUGAUCCUGGAAGUAAUUUAAAGUUAUUUAUACAAGGAACGCAAAUUGAAAUUGGAAAGGAAAAUUGGCAAACUCGAUUAUAUGAAUUUUUCGAAAUCGAUUGUCCUAUGUUGGACGAUAGAAAACAAAAAAGCAAUCGUGUAGUUGAUAUGCUUAUUUCAUUGUUGAUACAAGCCAUCAUGAAAGAACAAGAUUUGUUUAUUAAGUUAAAGAGGUUGCAAAAAACUCUAGAUGAAUUAGAUAUUGAAGGAAUAGAUCAAAUUUUAUUAACUCAUCAACCGAAAUUAUCUGAACCUUCGUUAGAAGAAUGGAAAUUGAUAGUAAACGAAUAUAAGAAAAGAACGACAUUUGAGAUUACGAAUAUGGAUGAUAAACAAAUUCGCCAGCGGAUUUACGAAUAUUUGAUAUCUGCUACCUUGAAAGACUGUUCUAUAAUUUUUGCUUUUCAGAAAUCAGAUUAUAACGGACUUGGAAUAAAUAAUAAGCAAGGCGUUGCCGAAUUACAAUCUCAAUUUUAUAAUUAUAGUUCAAUUUUUCCAGAAAGACUUCAACAAAUAUCAUUAACUGAAACGCAAUCAGCCAUUUAUCAUAAUUAUAAUGGUUCCUAUAAGCAUUAUAUUUACAAAGUCAAUGUUAUUGAUUUAGAUCCAAAACCUUUGGCAAAAUUACAUUAUUAUAAAAAAUUAGAUACAGAAAUUUAA